AUGUUCUGUUGCUUUUGUCGCUCGCGAGCCGCGGACGAUGACGACGACUACGCCACGUCACUACCCCCCGCUCCCGCGAACCGCAAGCACGCCGCGCCAACCGCCAGCGGAGCAUCCGCGGGCGUGCACGAGUUCGCGAGCCAGAUGGCGGCGGCGGACGACCGCGUCGCCAUGUCGUCCGUCGCCGUGCUUCACGCCGCGCAGAUCCGCAGCAUCCGCUCCGAGAAUGCCGGCGACGCGAGGCCCGUCGGUACGCCGCCAAGCCGUGGCGGGAGUCGCGGAGCGACUCCGCGAGAGUCGCAGCGGUCGCCGGGUGUCGCCGGCGAUUGGAAUCGGAGUUAUCAAGGCCAGUCCACCCCAGGCGCAGCGUCCGGUGCGGGCUUUGGGUCGAAUGCUGCCGCGGUGGGAAGCGGAGUUAGCGGGAGCGGGUUUGGCGGGGCCGGUGGGGUCCAUAGCAUGUCGGAGCCUCGAAUCGCGACACCUGGAGCUGCAGGAGACAAACUACCGCUAUCGCCUUUAUCGGGUAUGCUUAUAACGGGCCAGGCGCAAGGUCACAGUUACAGCCCCGCACAGGGGGGGCAUCAUCACGCGCAGUAUGCGCACCAGGGGGAGAGCGGAGGGGCGGGCGGGGGCGCAAGCGGGGGUAUUGGCGCAGGCAGAGGCGGAGGCGGCGCAGGGGGAACGGGUGGCGCAGUUACGAUGGCGAGCGGACCUGGGACGCAGCGCCCCGUGCCAAUGGCGUCGAGCGCGGCCGCGUCUGCGCCGGGUCGCGCGCGGAUACUCGCGUGGCUUCAGGAGUCAGAGUUUAACUACGCGAUAGUUGACGAGGUGGAUAACCUUCCUACGAAGCUUCCUUCGUCAGCCGGUAAAGGGACGAGCAGUGCCGCCGGUGAUAGCGACGCUGUGACUGUAGGCGGAGGUGACAGCAGCGGGGGCACGAACAGCACGAGAGAAGGCAGCCACGACCCCUUUAGACCUGCACUCUCCAACCCUGACGAACCCGCUAUAGAGAAACUCGGUUCGUUCUUAUCGAGCCUCCUAAACGGGUGCUAUGAUGACGCCAGCAGCCCCGCGCCUCCCCCGCAGCCGGGCAGCAGCAAUCAGCCGUUCGAUCCGUUCGCGAGUUCUAGUAACGCGGGGUCGUGGCGCAGAGAGACCGCAGUUAUGACCCUACCGGGGUCCAGAAAGGAUCUGCCUCCUGCCGCACCACUAGAUGAAGCGGGUGUAGAAGCAGAGGGGGCGCUUGCAGGUGCUGCUGCUGCUGCUGCUGCAGGGUCUCAUGCAGCGGCUGAGGCUGCAACCAUAGGAACAGGUGGGGCGGAUGGAACAGGUGGGGCAGGUGCCACAGAUGGUGCUGACGGCACUGCUGCCAUUGGUGGCGCUGGUAGCACAGAUUAUACAGGUGGUCCUGCUGGUGUUGAAGGUGCUGCUUUGGCAGAUGGCGUAGGUGGUGCAGGUGCGGCGGUGGGGCGAGGGCGGGAGCGGGAAAGGGAGGGUCUGCUGGUGCAGGCACUGACCAAUCAGAUGCGGCAGAACGGGGGAGAGGGGGAGGGGGGCGGCGGGAACGGCGGUAGGGAGAGGGGGAGAAACAGCGGGGAAUGGGCAUCACAGGCACAGGUGGGGGCAGGGAGAGAGGCAGAGAGCGCAGGGGAGCAGGAGUGGCGGGGUGUGAGCAUGAGGGAGGGGCGAGGAGGGGGAGAGAGCGAGCUGGUGAGUCGGUCGGUGACUGAGGCGUCAGCGGGGGAUUUAUCAGCACUGGCCAGCAAUAUUGGAGUCACUUUUGAGAGCUCUCAGAACUUUGGAGCAGGGCUGGGUGGGGGGGAAAGGAGGGGCAGAUGGGACCGCCACAGGAGUGCAGGCACAGCAGCAGGUGCAGACCUGCCUGUGCCUGCUUAG